UAAUACACAAAAUCAAAGCAACGAUAACAACGCUCAAAUGUCGCAAUUGAAUAUACGGCCACUACCAGAAAAUCUACAAAAAGUGGCAAUCGAGGAGCUGCAUGAGCGACCGGAGCGCCUACAAGAGGAUCUACAGGCGUUGAAGAGUUGGGCCGACAAAGAGCCACAUUUGAAUGUGCGUCCCGAUGAUCAGCUUUUGGUAGGAUUUCUACGUGGUUGCAAAUUCAGCCUAGAAAAGGCCAAGUCAAAGCUCGAUUGGUUCUAUACAUUGAAAACUAAGUAUCCUGAUUUUUACACUAUAUCCGAUGUGAAUGAUCCGACUGUACAGGAACGCUUGCGUUAUGGCUCUGGUUCGCUACUACCUACGCCAUUGCAUGACACUGGUCCACGAAUUAUGUUUAUACGCGCCGGCAGUUAUCCACCCGAUAAGUAUACGUUCAAGGAAAUAAUGGCAGUAGCGCAUGCGCAACAAGAACUAUGGAUACGCGAAGAUGAUUAUGCGGCUGUAAAUGGUUUCAUUGAUGUCUUGGACGUAUCACGUUUAACGGCAGCGCAUUUGGCCCAACAUACGCCAAAUGUUGUUAAGAAGAUGUUAGUUUUUGCAGAACAAGCGAUACCUUUGCGACAACGUGCCACGCAUUUCAUUAAUAUACCAGCAGGCUUCGAAAAGGUAUUCAAUAUGCUUAAACCGCUGAUGCCAGCCAAGCAGCAGGAGCGUCUUCAUUUACAUGGCAACAAUUUGGAGUCACUGUAUGCGCAUAUACCACAAAAAUAUUUGCCCAAAGAAUAUGGUGGUGAAAAUGGUUCUAUUGAAGAGAUUACAGAGCUCUCAGUACAAUUCUUCUUGGAUAGGCGUGAUUACUUUAUAGAGGAUUAUAAAUAUCGGAAUAAUGAGAAGUUGCGUGUUGGCAAGCAGCCAGACUUUGAUAGUAUAUUCGGCAUGGAUGGCACAUUUCGAAAGUUGGAUGUGGAUUAAUCGAAAAAAACUAUGCCGAGGGGUAGUGGAUAG